AAGAGAACAGUACUGUAUAACUGUGGAAAGAAAGGCACUCUGCUUACCGUCUAUGCUCCUAUAUGAAGAUAACGUUUGUAGAUUACUGUUAUUUUCUUUUUUUAUGAAAAAGUGUAUAAAAUUCAGCAAUACGAUUUGGAAGAGUGAUCCUUAUUUUCCAAAGAAAUAGUUCUAUCAAAGAAGAAAUUCCACUUUCCAUUGAUAUGUUGUUUUAACUCGGCGUUUGCCAGUGGAGCUGUAGAAUUUUAGCUGUCAUUAAAAAUACCAAUGAGAUCAUUUGUGAUCCAUUUAAAAGGUUUGCUAUGUUAGCAAAUUACUAUUUCAGGAAACAUAUUUUUCUGCCCUUUCUUUAAGUUCUCACAUGACCAAGAGAAGUGUAGCCUCUGCCUACAUUCCUCCAAUGGACCUACAGCGGAGACAACAUCUAUUCAAAAUGUAGGCCUGUAACUCCAACACUCUCACUGCCACUCUUCUGCCCCCUGCAUGGUUUUUUAACAUCUUUCACUUGAUUAAGAGGUCAGCAAAGAGUUGAAGGCUUAUAUGAUGUGUUUUGUGCAAUUUUUGCUGGCCAAUAAAGAUAUAACUUUUUUGUGGAUUUUGGAUUUUUUUUAAAUUUCAGACAAAUUUCACUCUAUAACAAGAGUGAUUGUGUCAAGCCAUUGAAAGCAUUAUCAUCAAAUGUAAGGCUCCAGUACAUUUGUCUGUCCAUGCAAGAUAUUAUGAUUUUUGUGUGUGAUUUCAAAUAUUCUAGAUUAGGUAUCAGAAACCCAAGGCCCUCCAGAUAUUGUUGGCUGUCAAUUCACGUCAGCUUCAAUCAGCAUUGCCAAUGGUAAAGGAAGAUGAAAACUGUAGUCUAUAAACAUCUGAAGGACCAAAGCUUCACCAUAAUCAAUAAUACUGUUUAAACAAAGUUAACAAAGCAAAGUAAGGAAGCAAUCCUGUACAUAUCAAGGACUGAGUUGCAAGCACUGCUGAACUCGUGUCAUUUCACUAUAAUAAAUCAUGCUUACUCUUUUGACAGGUGUUCCUCCUUUCUCUCUCUCUCAGCUUUUAAAAAAGGUCAUUUGAAGGUUUCUUCUUUACAGUGCAGAAUUUGCAAUAAAUUAUUCCUGUAUUCCAGGUACCAUUUGGUGGCUGAUAUGUAAAGGAAAAUGGCGAAAGUUGACACCUAUCACUCCUGCCCAGCUGUCCAUAAGCUGUCUGUGACAACUAUUGACAAUGAACCUGAUGUGCUUGAAAAUGGAUUUAUCAGGACCCACUCACUGUGUGAAGAAGACAUAUCUUCAGAAUUGCAGACGGUCAUUUCCAUGGAGACCGGUGGACUGCCUGGAUCUCGAAGGAGCUCAUUCACAGGCAGUGGAGCAAUGGCUAGAUUAUCAUGGUUUGUGUUAUCACUGAGAUCAUGGGCAAGGAGGCGGAUGCACCAUGAAGACCAAAGGCCAGAUUCUUUUCUUGAACGUAUCCGAGGGCCAGAACUCAAAGAUUUUUCAAGCAGAGACAGCAUCCCACAGCUGAACUAUGAAGAAGCAGAUGGGUUGAAAAAUCAAUGGGCUCUGGCCAGAUUUAACAUCAACUACUCCAACAACACCAAUGAAGAAAAGAAGGAAGAAAAGAAAGAGGUUAAGGAGGAGAAAAAGGAGGAGGAAAAGAAAGAGGAGAAAAAAGAGGAUAAAAAGGAGGAAAAGAAAGAGGAGAAAAAAGAUGACAAAAAGGAUGAUAAAAAGAAGGAAGAAGAGAAAAAGAAAGAGAUCUUUGUGAUGGAUCCCUCCAGCAACCUGUAUUACAGGUGGUUAACCAUUAUUGCAACACCAGUAUUCUAUAACUGGUGCUUGUUAGUUUGCAGAGCCUGUUUUGAUGAACUCCAAAUGGAAAACCUUACACUCUGGCUGGUUUUGGAUUACUCUUCUGAUGUCAUCUACAUCAUUGAUACAUUUGUCAGAUUUAGGACAGGUUUCCUUGAACAAGGAUUGCUAGUUCGUGAUGAAAAGAAACUAAGACUAAACUACCAAAGCACUACACAGUUCAAGCUGGAUCUAAUCUCCCUUCUUCCUACUGACUUGGGAUAUUUAAAAUUUGGAUUGAACUAUCCUGAGUUGAGAUUUAACCGGUUGCUGAGGCUUGCCAGAUUGUUUGAAUUCUUUGACCGUACAGAAACAAGAACGAACUACCCAAAUAUGUUUCGUAUUGGAAACCUUGUCUUAUACAUUCUGAUCAUUAUCCACUGGAAUGCGUGUAUAUUUUUUGCCAUUUCAAAACAAAUUGGAUUUGGAACUGAUACUUGGGUUUAUCCCAAUAUAACACAUCCUGAAUAUGGGCGCCUAGCCAGAAAGUAUAUUUACAGUUUGUAUUGGUCAACAUUAACAUUGACCACCAUUGGAGAAACCCCACCUCCAGUGAAAGAUAUUGAGUAUCUAUUUGUGGUCAUGGACUUUCUGGUGGGUGUGCUUAUCUUUGCUACCAUUGUCGGUAAUGUGGGCUCCAUGAUUUCGAACAUGAAUGCCUCCAGGGCAGAGUUCCAGGCCAAAGUGGAUUCUAUCAAACAGUACUUGCAUUUCCGAAAAGUCACAAAAGACUUGGAAGAAAGAGUUAUUAAAUGGUUUGAUUAUCUGUGGACCAAUAAGAAAACAGUGGAGGAGAAAGAAGUUCUAAAGUACCUUCCUGAUAAAUUGAAGGCUGAGAUUGCCAUUAACGUCCACUUGGACACACUAAGGAAAGUCCGUAUCUUCCAAGAUUGUGAAGCCGGGCUGCUUAUUGAGCUGGUAUUGAAACUAAGACCUACUGUCUUCAGUCCUGGAGACUAUAUCUGCAAAAAAGGGGAUAUAGGAAGAGAAAUGUAUAUUAUUAAAGAAGGGAAACUGGCGGUUGUAGCUGAUGAUGGUGUGACACAGUUUGUGGUCCUAAGUGAUGGAAGUUACUUUGGAGAAAUCAGCAUCUUAAACAUCAAAGGCAGCAAAUCUGGUAAUAGGAGGACAGCCAACAUCAAGAGCAUAGGUUAUUCUGAUCUGUUUUGUUUGUCCAAAGAUGAUCUAAUGGAAGCUCUCACAGAGUACCCUGAGGCCAAAAAAGCUCUGGAAGAAAAAGGACGUCAAAUUUUGAUGAAAGAUAAUUUAAUUGAUGAGGAAGCAGCAAAAGCUGGAGCUGACCCCAAAGACUUGGAAGAAAAAAUAGAGAAACUUGAAUCCGCUUUGGACAUCCUGCAGACCAGGUUUGCUAGACUCUUAGCAGAAUAUACUGCAGCUCAGUCCAAAGUCAAGCAGAGACUUGUAAAAGUGGAGACCAAAGUGAAGAAAUUUGGAAGUGGUAACUUAUCAGGCGACGAAGAGAAACCUGCAGAAGAGAAAAAAGACUGAGCUGCAUUUUGAUCUUCAUUCAGCACAGAGUAUGGCACCAUGAAAAAGGAAUACACAUGCAAAUAUGUAAACAUUGUUAUUUUUAUAUGGACCCAAAACAAUGAGUUUGUAGAGUUUUUAACGAAAGCGGUUGUCUUGUACAUAGGAGAUUAUUACCUUUUAUGAUAUUGUUAGAAAUAGAUCUUUAGUUCUUCAUUUUCUUUUAUUCUUUUUGUAUUGAUUAUUGGUUUCUUAUGAGCAAUGAGCAGACCCCCCUGUUUGCAACUUGUGCAAGUCUGAAAAAAAAUUAUAUUUUUUCACGGUGUGUUUGGUGUGGAAGAGAAUCUUGUGAUACCGAAGAAUGAAUGGACAGAUGAAACAGAUGCAUACAUACAUACAUACGUACAUUUUAUAAUUUGCACUUUUUAUAAACUGAUAAUUAUGGAAGCUUCUCAACAAUUAUAAUCUGUCCACUUCCACAGUCAUUUCUAGAAGCUACAUCUUUAGUAGCUGCAGACUGUUGCACUGUGAAUGAACUAUUUUUUUUACGUAUUUAUAUUAUUGCAAUCCUCUGAAAGGAAUACCACAGUGAUGAUAUACCACAUUUUUGCCCCUGAAAGACUUACAAAUAUACAUACUUUGAACAGCAGGGCUGCUACAGAAGCUCCCUCACUAAGUUUUGGUCAGAUCAACCUUUUCUUCCUGGACUGAGCUCAAAAGAAACUGAUAUGAGUUUGUAGCAGCAUUUGGGUAGAAGCAGUGCUGACUGGUGGGUAAGAAGGACAUUAUUACUUUGCCUCAUCUUUCUCUCUGGAACACUGUUUCAACUGUUUAAAAAUCAUAUUUUUUUUGUCACAAACACAAGGCAUUGAAUUACAUUGUAGUUAUAUAAAAUGAUGCUUGAAAAAUAAAAAAGAGGAAGACAGCUGGCCUCAAAAUACAGUGGGUGCUUGGGAUCUGCUGGGGUUUGGUUCCAGGACAC